CGGUUUGAAGUGGAUUGCACUGGCAGAGUAAAACGACGCCCCUGAUCCUUGAAAUGCCUGACCUGAAGAAGUUGUAGGAGUCGAAGAAAGUACAGAAAGGGCUUGUAGGAAAGAGGCAGCCAUUUGUAUAACCAGAACCGCGUGCCUCCUACUGUGAAAAGUGAAGUAUUUCUGUGCCGAGUUGGGCUGCACAUUUAUGGCGUUUGUGAAUGUCAGCAGAGAUUUCUGCCGGGCUCAGCACCUUGCCUUUGCAGACAAGUGAAUUGUUUGCUCUUCGUGGCAAGACAGCAGCAGAACAGACCUGUAGACAGAAGCCUGUUGGAGUGGUGUCCUUUGGUCUAAAUCAAUUCUUUUUACAAGCCUCUGGCAAAGUAGUGACAUCUGCCCUAUAACUUCACUUUCUCUGUAAUGACCAGAUUAUUGUACAUGUCCUGAAUGGGGUAAACAUAUGCAACUUGUUUUGAUGUUCAAAGGAUAUUUUUUCCUUAUCUUCCCAACUUUUUUUUUUCUUCUUUUUGACAAGGCAGGCAGGUUUUUAAAGUCUGCUAACUUUUUAAGCCAUUUUUACUUUUGAACUACAGACUUUAAAUUAAGCUAUAAAGCUAUACUUUGAGCCAAAGUGAGAACUAUCCCAUCUGUCCUGUCUUCAAAAUAAAUUUAAAAAAAAAAUCAACUUUAUUUUUGUUGAGAUAUAUAUUUUUUUUUUUUUUUUUGUGUGUUUUAUUUGCCAACAUGAGCCGUCCAGCACCUGUGGAAAUUGUAUUUGAAACAAUGAGAUUUUUAAUCACUCACAAUCCAACAAAUUCUACUCUCAACAAAUUUACUGAGGAACUAAAGAAAUAUGGAGUGACAACAUUGGUCCGUGUUUGUGAAGCUACCUAUGACAAAGCGCCAGUUGAGAAUGAAGGAAUUCAGGUCUUGGACUGGCCUUUUGAUGACGGAGCACCUCCUCCAAAUCAAAUAGUGGAUGACUGGUUAAAUCUUUUGAAAGGGAAAUUCAGAGAGGAGCCUGGCUGCUGUAUUGCUGUGCAUUGCGUUGCUGGACUGGGCCGUGCUCCUGUUUUGGUGGCCCUUGCAUUAAUUGAGUGUGGAAUGAAGUAUGAGGAUGCAGUGCAAUUUAUACGACAAAAAAGACGUGGCGCCUUCAACUCCAAACAGUUGCUUUACCUCGAAAAGUACAGACCCAAGAUGCGACUGCGUGUCAAGGAUCCUAUUGGACCUCUCUGCUGCAUUCAAUGAGAUGAAAGUAGUAUUUAAGAUGGAAAUUGUUGGGCAGCAAUAAGGAAUCCUGGGAACAAAUUUUGUCCUUAAUUGUAAUUUAAGUAUGGUUUCAACAAUAAGGCAGAAUUGAGCGAAAAUGAAAUGACAAAAGCGCACUAAGUUUAUCAAAUGCUAGUGCAUAUUUUCCAAAUGAAAGUUUGAAAAUGCAAAGGAUUAUGAAAUUGUCUUUUGUGUUCUAGUCAGAUUCUGUUUUCUGAAGGUUAUUAGCCCAUUCUUGAAACAGACACGAGUAAUUGCACAAUAUAUGGUAUGUAAAAGAUUUUCAUACAAUAAAAGCUGAUCCUUGUUUUAAAAGCUGAAUUAACAGAUAAUUAAAGAUAUAUAGCUUUAUUGAUUGGUUCAAUUAUGUUCAAUUAGUUUAUAAUAAUUAAACUUAAAUUAUUCCCCUAGUGCUGUAUUAGUACAGCUACUCUGAAAGUUGCCCAUUUUAACUGGAUUGAGCCGCUUUUUUGGUAUCAGCUGUGAAAACUUUUUUUUUUUUACCUGAUAGAUGUUUAGGUCACAGUAUUUUUUUGGUCCCAUUUUAUGGUUUCUAAAAAAAAAUUGAAGUCAGAAAUUGUAUUUUUUUUUAUGUAAAUAUCCAUAUGUUAAAAGGAAAUAUGCAAACCCUACACUUAUAUUUUUUGCAUACCAGUGUUUGCAAAAUAACACAUUUAUUUAUAAAUUGUUAAAAAAAAAUAAAACCCAGCUUUUUAUUACA